CACAACAGAAUCAACCAGAGGAGGAGGAAGAGAAGGAGACUCUAUAACGAUGCCGUACUACACCAAAGACGACGCUGACGUGGAUGACUUCGACGAGUACGACCCGACGCCGUAUAGCGGAGGCUAUGACAUCACCGUGACGUACGGCCGCUCACUCCCGCCGUCCGACGAGAAUUGUUACCCUCUCUUGUCUCUCUCCGGUGACGCCUUUGAGUACCAGAGGCCCGUGUUCUCUUCCAGCCACGAGCCUUCUGCUUAUGACGACCAGGCUCUCAACACCGAGUACAGUAGCUACGCUCGGCCCAAAACCAAGCAUGGAUCCGGUAAGAAAGCUAGCUAUGACCAUCGCAAUGAUGAUGAUAAUAAAGAGAGCCAAGGCCAACAAAAAUACAGUGGCAAGGACACUGAUGAUGAGAAGAGCAAGACUAAGGAGAAGAAGAAGGAUAAGAAGAAAGAUGACGAUGAUUAUGAGAAGAAGAAGAAGGACAAGCAACAAUACAAGGAUCAUCAUAAUGAUGAUUAUGAUGAGAAAAAGAAGAAGAAGGACCACUAUGACAAUGAUGAUGAGAAAAAGAAGAAGAAGGAUCAUUAUGACAAUGAUGAUGAGAAGAAGAAGAAGAAAGACAAUCGUGAUGGUUAUGAUGAAAAGAAGAAGAAGAAGGACCAUCAUGAUAGUGAUGAUGAGAAGAAUAAGAAGAAGGAUCACUACAAACACAACAAGGGACAUCGUGAAUACGAUGACUAAUCUUGCUCCGGGAUUACAUCUCUUUAAGUGUCUAUCCCUGAUUAAGAAACCAACGCACACUUUUUUCUUAAGUUUUUGUCAACUGUUAUUUUGUUUCUUGUUUCGAAAUUGUGCUACCAUCUUUA